GCAAAGGAUAAAAAUAAUAAGCAUAAAACACUGAAGCAUUGGAUUCCUCUUGCUCUAACCCCAUCAGUUCUUCACCACUCCCUUUUUCCAAGGUGAUUGUAACCAGCAAACAAAACUUCAGUCAACAAAUGCACUACAUAAGAGUUAAGGCAGACGUUUAACAAAAAGUAUAUUCCUAUUGUUUAAGAAUUUGGGUCCAGUUUAAAUAAGGAAAAACUUGCUAACUCCUACAGUGUAUUUGCUAAAGAGAUGGAAGGUUUGGGGGAGUUAAUUUGUCGGAACUGUAAGAUGGCAUUCCAUUCUAGUGCACUCUUGGAUAAACACAAGGCCAAAUUCUGCAUUGGCACAGACCUGAAAGACCCAAUGGCUCUAUGGAGACUAAGGCGAUUCACACAAACGGAAAAAGCAGCUGUGAAGACGGUGCAUCCUACAAGGGCAAGGACUCCUGAUUUAAUUAUUAUAAAGGAACAGAGAAAUCAUCAAAUGGAUGAGAGAGAGAGUGCACAGGGCAAUGUUUCUGAGAAUACUGCUCUAAACAAACUCACUGAAGAGUUUCAAAAACUCAGGAUGUCUUUUGAACAAAACCUGCCCAGAAGACAGACAGAGUUGUCUGAGGAGCAGGCCUCACUCCAGCAAAGAGCUGAUGAGCAGAGGGCUCUUCAUGAGCAGAAACUGGCUGAAAUUAGGGCACACAACCAUCACCUGGAGAAGCAGAGACAGGAAAUAGAAGAGCAGCUUGCCGAGCUGGCAGGACGGGAGAGGACGGUUCAUCUUGAGGAAGUGCUGCAAGAACUAAGGCAUCAGGAACAGAGGAAUGAGGAGGUGCUGCAUCAGCUUAGUUCUCACAUCAACUCAAAGAAGGGGCCCAAUCCAAAUGAAGUCCCCUCUAACCCACCAGAGGAAAAGAAGACACAACAUGUUACUUUUGACUUGAUCUCUUCUGUGGAUGGACCUCUCUCUGCUCAGAUAAGAGCCUUGCGCCUGGCAUACAUGCAGUCUGGUGGUUCUGAUCCAGAGGUUCUGGCCCACAUGCAUGACCUUCAGGCAGAGGCUCUUACACUGGAACAGGCAAAACAUAAAGCUGAAGGCAAGACAAAAGAAAGAAGGAUGAAGUCUCCUCACAGAGUGCUGGACCCUGAUAUUCUUACUGUGGAGCAGGAGAACCAAAGGCUUGAGGAGGAGAUCUUCAGAAUCCAGCUGGCCAGGGAGAAGCACAAAGGAGAGCACGGGCUCAUUGACAUUCAAACGGACCACAUCCAUCAAAUGGCUAGUCUCCAAGCUGAGAUCGCCUUUUUAAGAAGAGAAAUAGAGAAGGGCAGAGAGAGAAGACCACGCCAUCCUCAAACUCCUCUGCAGGUUUUUCCUUCUCUGCCACUGGAUCAGAGUUCAAAACAGCCUUCGUUGAUGGGUUCCCAUGUAAUUGAUCCAAUGGAAACCCUUGGUCAUGCUCCUUAUGAUCCUGUGGCUGGCUUUGUGAUCUUCUAUGACCUGGUGAUGGGCGUAGAAGCUACUUUGAGAUCCGUGCGUUUAUUGGCAGGGUUAUAUUUUAAUGGACAGAAGUUGGGACAAACCAAUCCAAUGCCUCCUGUGCAGUGCCAGCCUGCAGGGCCAUUGCUGUCCUCCAAGAGUCCUGGAAACUAUGCCAUUCUAGCUGUUAAGCAACCUGUGCCAAGAGUACAGCCAUCUCCAGAUCUCUCUUUGGUCAUAGAGAUCCAGACUUCUAAAAGUCUGAAUUUGUUCAACCAUGAAACUGAGGGCUUGGUGGCUUAUGGCUGGGCUAAGCUUGAUCUCUUUGACCAGCACAACCAGGUUCACAGUGGUCACUGGAGGCUUCCCUUCCACUCUCUCCCAGUUCAAGCAUCUUUGAGUCCAGAUCAACUGAAUUCUGUGCCACAACUGGCUAAUAUGGAACUUUGUCUUCGGGUAGCAAAUGCACAUGAUGGAGAUCUGCAGACCCUUGCAAAGAUUGACCCCAACAACACCAGCCAAUAUAAAUACAUAUCCACGGUGGUCUCAAACGCAAUCUUGGCAAACCAAGAACCAUGUAACACACUGCAACCCUCAUCCAAUCCAUUGCCUUCAUCACUGCCACCCACAGAUCACGUGGAAGAGACCAAUUAGAGGCAAACUGGGGUGCGUUUCCCAAAUGUUACUAAUAGAGUUAAAUGGAACUAAUAGGACCAUAGUUAACCAACGAUGCUGUUGAAAAACAGACCCCAGCAUAGUUAAAAUUAACUACCAUACAAAUAAAGCCAGUGUUGUAAACUAAAAUAAUUUGUCUUUCAAGUGACUACAAGCAGAUUCUGUCUGACAUGUGUUAUGAACUGUAUUUAAGAUAUUAAUAAUUUUCUUGUCUUUUACUUGCAUACUUCAAAGACUUUGGCUUCCCAGUGACUUGGCAACAGUUUUAUACAAAAGCUUAUAACGGUCACACCAAACCAAAAGAGUGACAUUGUACAGCUAAUAUUACAGCCAUUAUCACAAGUUUAUUACAAAAUUUCCACCCAUUGAAUUUCCAUGAUUCCACUUGCGCUUGGGCUAUAUUUGAAGUGGAGCAUUCUUUGAAACAAAAAUGUAAAGAUAUU